AUGCAGCAGCCUUUUAGUUCCUUUCUCUACAGUUGUUUGCUGGUUUUAGCCCUUUUCUUGUCAGCCAAGGCAGAUGAUCGAGUUAGACAAAUCAAAGAUGAAAUUAGCAACACUAUCGUAGUCGAUCAAUCAGGCCAUGGAAAUUUCACCAAUAUUCAAAACGCCAUUGAUUCUAUUCCUACAAACAAUGAAGUUUGGACACUUGUUCAUGUUAAACCCGGCACCUACAUGAGAGUAGGUGGAUCGACUAUUAUCCAGUUUGCAGAUGGGGGUGAUUCCGUUAAACGUUCUACUUUUUCUUCGUAUGCAGAUGAUUUUGUUGCCACGGAUAUAGCAUUCAAGAGUACUUGCAAUCUUCAACCCGGAAAACCGAUCACAUGGGCACUGGCGGCUCUGAUCAAUGCCAAUAAAGCAUCGUUUUAUCAAUGCCGAUUCAUCAGUGUGCAGGAUACAUUGAAGGAUUCCCAAGGUCGGCACUACUUCGAACAAUGCUAUAUCGAAGGCGGUGUGGAUUUCAUCUGGGCAGUUACAGCACGCGGAAGCCUGGCUGGUUAUAUCACCGCUCAAGCUCGAGAUAGCGCAGCCAACCACAGCGGUUUCAUGUUCAAAGACGGUUCGAUCGUUGGAACUGGUCCUGUUUAUCUCGGAAGAGCGUAUAGACCAUAUGCCAGAGUCUUAUUUCAACGCACGAAGAUGUCCGACAUCAUUAUUCCUACGGGUUGGUCGGCAUGGAGUUAUGUUGGAAAAGAGUAA